AUGAGCUUUAUCAUCACACCGAUUUGCUUCGCGGUCUCCGCCACCAUUUGGUUCUUCAUAUCUGAUCUUGGUUUCGUCAAACGCAACAAAUCCCUUAUUCUGCAAGAGCGUCCUAGCUACUUUAAGGCACUUCUUGGGGGUUUCUGGCUGUUUGGAGAGUCGAUCUACGUCGGCGCAAGAAUCAUCUUCACAUCAAGAAAAUUCAUCUGGCUCAUCCCCGGCUACUCUAUCGCCCUAUAUGCGCAUCGUUAUCUAGAGAACGGUAUCGCUCCUCACGUCGCCCGGCGCUAUCUUGGAGAGUCGGCCUGGUCGCAGAUCAUGGUUGGAGGUUCCAACUUGGGAGAGCUGCUCGGUGCUCUGUGCGUGUUUCUGUUCACAAACGUCAUUCAGACCCCAAUGCCGUGGCUACGAAUUGACGCCCUCAUGCUACUGAUCGUCUGGUACAUCCCCUACUGGAGGCCUCAAGCCCGCGAUGUAUCUCAGGCCUGGGUUGUUGCAGCUACAUUUCUUCCAAUCUCUUUCGGAUGGGCCGCGGGAGAUGUGUCCUUGGCUGCCUACAUCCAAGCCUCCCUCGCACGUAAGGAAUCCGACAACAAGAACAUCUCAGCGCUCGGUGCCGUCAUGGCGUUUCUAUACUCCUUCUACAUCAUCCUUUACGCCGUUGCUGGAACUUUCCUAGGUCGUUACCUGGAUGGUGUCUAUAACGCCAGCGGAGGAAGCAAAAAUGGCGGAACCAUUUACAGCGGCCUUGUAAACACUGCCGGCGUUCAGUUUACUGUCAUAGCAGUGGUGGUGAUUUGCGCGACAUUCGUUCCUAGAGGCUCUCUGGCCCUCAAUCCUAAAAUGAUCUCAGAUGAGAGGCUUGAUAGGGAUUUGGUUUUAGAUGACGACGACACGAUGCAUAGGCGUACGCCAGAAUACGUCGAGAAAGAUGGCGUUGAAGUUGUGGUCAAACCGCAUGAGCGUCUCGGAGCCUCUUCAAGUGCCUCUUGA